GGCGCUAUAGGAUUGUUUUGCCGGCAGAACGACGCAGAGCCACCGCGUUUGUGCGCAAGACGGAGAAGAAAGGACGCAGGGUUGCAUAGCGCUGGGUAAACAGCAAUUUUUUUUACCGCCAAGUCCUUUGUUUUAAAACAGCGAAACCAUCUACACCAAAACGACAACAUGAGUGAAAUCAACGUUAAAAAGCUCAAGGUAAACGAGCUGAAGGACGAGCUCAAGAAGCGUCAACUCUCCGACAAGGGAUUGAAGGCCGAGCUAAUGGAGAGGUUACAGGCCGCACUCGACACGGAGGCCCUGGCCGGCGACGAUGAACAGCCUGCAGAGGCACAAGAAAACGAGGCUGAUGGAGAUGGCGUUGCCGCCGAAAAAGAAGAUAUCGGAGAAGAAGCGACAGAUGCAGAGGGAGAAAGCAUGGAGGCCGAAGAAGAACAAAAUGGAGACGCCGCCGAGUCUGCAGCUGUAGUGGGUGAUGGUGAGGACCUCGGUCAAGACGACGAAAUGGGGGAAGAGGAGGAUGGGGAUGCCGGGGUGGAAAUGGACAAAGAAUUUGACGAGGAGGAGGACGACGAAAUCAUAGACAAAAUUGACGACGAAGAUGGUGAGCCAGAAUCCCAUCCAGUAGAGGGGGAUGCGGACAAAGACAACAGUGCUGAUCAGAAGAAUAAGAAGGGUGUUAAGAGACGCCGGGAGGAACAUGGAAGGGGCUACUUUGAAUUUAUUGAAGAAAGCAAAUACAGCCGAUCCAAGUCUCCCCUGCCACCUCUGGAAGAAGAAGAUGAAGAGUUUGAUGACACCCUGGUCUGCCUGGAUCCUUACAAUUGUGACCUUCAUUUCAAAGUAUCCCGGGACCGAUACAGCGCCUCCUCUCUUACCAUGGAGAGUUUUGCUUACCUUUGGGCAGGUGGUCGUGCCUCGUAUGGUGUGAACAAGGGCAAAGUCUGUUUUGAAAUGAAGAUCACAGAGAAUAUUCCAGUGAAGCAUGUAAACAGCAAAAGCAUGGACGUCCAUGAUGUCCUUAUUGGAUGGUCUCUGGCCAAUGCAACUCUUUUACUUGGUGAGGAGGAAAAUUCCUACUCUUAUUCCAGCAAAGGAAAGAAGACCACAAACUGUGUAACCGAAGACUAUGGGGAGAAUAUGGAAGAGAAUGAUGUCAUUUGCUGCUUUAUUAACUUCGAAGCAGAUGAAGUAGAAAUUUCAUAUUCCAAAAAUGGCAAGGACCUUGGUGUGGCUUUCAAAGUCGAUAAGGAAUCCUUGGCUGGAAAAACUCUGUUCCCUCAUGUUCUCUGCCACAACUGUGCUGUUGAGUUCAAUUUUGGUCAGAUGGAGACCCCGUUCUUUCCUCAGGAGGAGGGCUUCACCUUCCUGCAGCAAAUUCCUCUGGAUGUGCGGGUCAGGGGACCCAAGGGACCUGAGACCAAGAAAGAUUGUGAGGUGAUUGUCAUGGUUGGCCUGCCUGGAACUGGAAAGACUGCAUGGGUGAAGAAACACGUCGAAGAGAACCCUGGGAAAUACAACAUCCUUGGCACCAAUACCAUAUUGGAGAAGAUGAUGAUUGGCGCAAUGAAACGACAAGACAAGGACACAACAAAGCUCUCUGCCAUCUCGCAGCGUGCUCCUCUGUUUCUGGGCAAGUUCAUUGAAAUCGCCGCCCGUAAAAAGAGAAACUACAUCUUGGAUCAGACGAACGUCUCUGCUCCGGCCCAAAGACGGAAGAUGUGUCUUUUUGCUGGCUUUCAGCGCAAAGCUGUAGUGGUUCUCCCCACUGAUGAGAUCUAUAAGGAGAGGACACAGAAGAAAGCAGAAACAGAUGGCAAAGAUGUACCCGAGCAUGCUGUUCUUAAAAUGAAGGGUAUCUACACACUUCCUGAAGUAGGGGACUGCUUCUCGGAGGUCACCUAUGUGGAGUUGCAGAAGGAGGAUGCCACAAAGCUUUUAGAACAAUACAAGGAAGAGAGUAAGAGUGCUUUGCCACCAGAGAAGAAAGUCAACCAGGGUGCUGUUUCCCCUAAAAAGCUUAGCGGUCGAGGAAAAGGGCCCAAGAACCAGUUCGGACGAGGUGGUGGUCCCCCUCGUGGGGGUAGGGGUGGAUUCCAGAACCGUGGAAACUUCAGAGGAAUGCCAGCACCUCGUGCUGGUUAUAACAGACCUUUGCAUGGCUUUUUGCCACCCCCACCUGCCUUUCGAGGUAGAUUUCAUAGCCGAGGCAAUUUUAACAGAGGCGGUGGAAUGCCUAACCGGGGUAUGGCUCAAAGAGGUGGAUUCAGGGGCAACAUGAAUAACAGAGGUGGAGGAAUGUCCCGCGGAGGACACGCAAAUAGAGGAAACAUGCAUCGCGGUGGUGGACAAGGUGGACCUAACCAUAGAGGAAACUUCCAACAGAAGCCGCGUGGCAGAGGCAACCAACAGAACCGUGGUGGUUUUGGCAACAAGAAUGGAUCUUACGCACAGUCCUUCAACCAGAGCUGGCAACAAGGGUUCUGGAACCAGAAACCAUGGAAUCAACAGUAUCAUCCAGGAUAUUACUGAGCGGACAUUUGUAUAAAAGACUGGUGGCCUUUGGCGUGGUGAGAUGAUCAGCCACGGAAUAACCAUCCACUUUUACGUUUUUUUUUAUUGGAAGUCCAUUUUUAAUUAGAGAAGCAAGUGACAUACAAACAUUCCAUCUCUGAAGUGAACAUUCUAAGUUCUCCAUAGAUGUGUGAUAGGUUCACUCGCUCAGAUUUUUGUAAAAUGUGUUUUCCCCGUUUGUUUUAUAUCACAUCUUUGAAAUUGUUAUAUCAGGAAUUGUAGCAUUUGUCUUAUUAGUGGAAUGCUUUGAAUUUCAGGGGUGUGCAUUUUAUUCUUUAAUAUGUAAUUUUUACUAAAUGUAAAUUAUUGUUUCCAAGGUUUUGUAGAAUUGUAGUGUUUAAGAAUUCCACAGAACCCUAAUCAUUUUAGAAGUUUCUGGCAAUGAACGCAUCCAUAUUUACACUGUAACUCCGCACUAUCAGUGACAGUUUGACGUUGUUUUACAUUUACUUUUUACAGAUCCAAGUUUGUUUGUUUAUUAUCCCAAACUGUAAUCGUUAAACUUCAUAGGUUUGCAAUAAAUGUGCUUGCUUUUCUAUGACUUUUAUGGCUUUGACUGAUAUCUUUAACAAUCUACAUCAAAGGCAUUAAAGAGCCUUUGAAUGUCAGUCUGAUUUGGCUCUUAAUUCAGCCCUUUUAAUUGUCUUUCUGUAUGCAAAAGACAAUUUUUAAUAGUUCUUGGUCCUAUUAUAAUGGUUUAAGAAUGUUUUUAAUUAUUGAAAUGUAAGAAUUAACAAAAAAUGCAUAGCACAGUUUAAACACAUUUUCUGCUGUAUGUUUUACCUAUAAAGCUUAAAGAAGUCACAUUGAAACUUGGAUAUUUAUUAAACUUGUACAUCAUUUUACAUAUUCAAAAAGUGCUUUGACUCCUGCAUUGCUGUGGGUCUCAGUUUUGUAAACAAUGCUUUGGCCUAACAAAGUCUACUAACCUAACACAAUGCAAGACAUUUCUGGGCAUUACCUCUGCAAAUAGUAAGUUCAUCAUUGCAGAUUGGAAGAUUUAUGGUUCAUUUUAGGGAACAUUUAGAUGCUACAAAUCUACCAUGGCUUUCUAUUAAUUCUUUGGUGUAAAUUUGUAUUCUCUGAAUCCAACAAAAUUUUCUCCUUGCAGAAUUUGUGGAAUGUGUGUAAAAAUCAUAAUGCCAGCCACAAUUAUUCGGUUGUCCAUUUAACUGCACUUAACCGGUUUCUCUGCAUGAAACUUGCAUAAUAAUAUUUAUAGGCAUAAUACAACUUUACCUUUCUUCAUGCCAUUUCUCUACAUAAAAUUUUUGUGACAGUGGCCUAGAUGUCUAUUAAGAUGAAACAUACAACACAAAGGGGGUAAUAUUCAAAUGCAUAAUCAGUGUUCAACCAGAUUGAGCUGUAAAAUACUGCUUAAUUUAAACUCUCAUCACCAUUUCAGAAUUCAGUAAAUAUGCAGGUAUAUAUUAGAGCUCCCAAUUUUUACAGUCUGCAAUUAUGACACCCUGGUGCACCAUGCACCACAAUAAGAUGCAGUGUACAUGUACAUUAGGACAGGCCCUUGACUCUUUAUAAUGAAUCUUGUGAGUGGCAAAGGGCAGCUAUUUUUCACUUGCAAGUUGUGUUUGCUCAUUAUGUUAUAAUAUAAAAUGAAAAAAAAUGUUGAAUUGCAUACAUAUUGAAUUGGGUGUUUUUCAGGAUUUGUUUUUAAAUAUUUUCUGUGGUGAGAUUCUUUGUCCAUUCAUAGAAAUAUGCAGAUUUUAAUAGCAUGGCAUGAGGGAAUUUGUGAUACCGUUUAAUUGUACAUAGACCUUGCCUGUGCAAAAGACACUAUUUUGAGGUUGAGGAAUUCCUUUAUUAAACAAAAUGUGUUGUGCCGUUGUGUGUUCUUCAGAUGGCACAUUGUCAAGUUUUUGAAAUUUGUAUGGAUUUUUUGAGAAAUACAAUGUUUCAUUUUUUAUAAUGUAAGGAAGUGUGCCAUUAAACUAAUUAAAUAAACUUCUGAUGGAUAAGAUGCCAUAAGUCA